UGCGGGCAUUCUUGAGAUCUGGAUGCUGAUCGACAUCGGCCCGAACAAUUUCCGCCGCCGCACGCACGAUCUCCAUCCUCGCGUCAGCCUCUUUCGCUUCUUCGAGAAGACGCCUCACUAUCUGCAGGGACGUACUUCCACCGGACGUGGCGUUUGCGGGUGUGCUCGAACCAUCGAACGUGUUCGCCAGGCGCGCCCGUAGGGCGAGGGAUGCGAUAACCUCAUCCCGAGCGUUGCCGAGGAAGAGACACAGUAGUCGUUGGCGCCCGUCUCCAAAGCCCCCCUCGCUGCUGACCACCCGGUCUUGGCUCCCAUCAGCGCUCGCGAUGCUCUCGAACAUCUGACACACGGCCUUCCGCCCGCUCCUAAGCUCAAGUUCUUGGUCACCAUCCUUUGCGCGCUCAGCUGAGAGCCAGUCGAACACAUCCUCCCAGUAAAGGAUAUCCCCGCGAGCUACGGCUUUACCAACGCGCGCACCCGGCUGAACGGCUUCUCCGGCGCCGGUUCAUCGAGUUGCUCGAUGCCGCAACCUUUUUUUGAGUAGCUUCUCCGAUGGCCCGGAUUCGAGGUUGAUUGCAGGCCUGGCAGUACCAAGCUUGUGUGCGUCCUGAUCCACCACCCUCCGUAUUAUUACCGUCCACGACGUCCACACUGUACCACGUCUUCUGGUCCUUCACAGGGUACCCUCUCUUGCACACGCUACAUGUUCGGAGCUCCGGCUUUGCUUCCCUCUCGAGAAGAAAACCGUAGAAACAAUCUCGGCGUUGGCAAAUGCAGUCGAUGCUGGGACAAAAUCCUCGCACGAGAGGUAGAGGCAGCUCCCCCUCUCCUUCUUGGUACUCGGCCAAAAACAACCGUGCCGCUCGUUCAAGCCGUGGCCCUCUGAGGUGCGUGAAGCCAGCUAAGUCCUCCGACCUAUGGCAUGCGGAGCAUAGCUUGUCAUUGACGGCGUGCACUACGCCUGAGGGGCACAUGCUGCAUUCGAGACCCGGGUUGUUUGUGAACCAACCGCCCUCCGCACGCCUACAAGGUUUCUUGCUUGUUUUUUUCUCGGCUCCGAUCUGAGGAUUCCUGACUCCAGGAUCAGACUGUCUUCGCGCUGCACUCCGCUUGACGGAGCGAGAGCCAGCUGUUCCAAGCUUUCCACCGCAACUUCGACGCCGGAAUUCAACUGUCCGCUUGCCUCCAGACUCCAACUUCUCACGUUCAGCUUCGGCAAUCUCUCGCUCUCUGCGGACCUUAGCCUGUUGCCUCGCCUCCUUUUGCAGCUCACUGUACUCCUCGUCUGCCAUCCUCGUCUCAAAGACGGCUUGCCGCCUCUGCCCCAGCGUCCGUCUCUUUCUGCGUUUCCUACCGGAUCCCGUACGGCUUCCCGGAUCUCGGCCACGCGCGCCGGAUCCCGCCACUCGCUUAGUUGCGACGCCAGGCGUACUUGCGGGUGUCGCCUCUGGGGAAGCGGUGCCCAGGCCGCCUCCCCGUUGACAAGUAGCCGUAGACCCCCCCCCGCUGCUACCAUUAACAGGAUUCGACGGAGUUCGUGGGGGGCGACUACGUGGGUGGCGCGUCCUCCUUGGUGUCGCUUUUCCUUCAGCCGGACUGCAUGUCCGUCCACGUCUUGGUUCAGGGCGAGGAGACGCAGGCGGUGUCAAGGUCUGCUCUGUAUGGCUCUUGUCGCCGCUCCUCCCCCCCCGAU